AGAUCUGGUUGGUCACCAGCUCCAGCUGGAUUUGCCCCCUCUACUGAUUGGCAGAUGGAACAAGCUGCAGAUUUUGCCGAAAUCAGACAAAAACUUGUUUAUCAUCGAUCAAAGCUUGGAAAAGAGGAUUCCACAAAGUUAACAUUGCCAAAGAAAUCUGAUUCUAUGGGAUGGUGCCACUUUUGUCUUGGAGAACAAACUACUAUGAAAAUAUUUGGCAGAAAAGAUAACAAGAAAAGUGUUAAGGAUGAAGAUUUGUUGGAAAGUAGUGAUUCGCAAGGCACCGAUCAGGACGGGACACCUCCUUUAUUGAGUGUUGUUCUUCAAAUUAAUCAAGCCACUUUGCUGCAAGUUUUAGAAUUCCACGUUGAAUGGCUGGAAGAAAUCGGAUUUUCUCAUGACCAGGGGAAGUGGUUUUAUGCUCUUCUUGUUUGUCUGGAGAAGCCACUUUUACCAGAAACCACCUCACUACUUCGCACUCUCGCCAGACUCUGCGCAACCCUGAGAGCGUCUUUGGAGUCACCUUAUCAUCCAUUGGUAACGCCACUGAAUCUAAUGAUCACACUUGUCUCAAGGUACUUUGGUCAGAGUGACCUAGCAGAUCCCGGGUAACUUUACCCCUCCGAUUUAAAACACAACAAGACUUCCAAGGAGAAAUUUCAUUUAGGGAGCUGAGUAAAGGAGAAGAAUUUGUAAACGGUUCUCGAAUGUCCCUCCCAAACUGCAGCUGAGAUUCGUACCCUUCUUGCCAUGGUGGUUAUGUUCUUGAACGAUGCAAAUUUCUUGGGUAGCUUUGGCUUGUUCUGUAAAGAAUACCUGAUGAUUCCCAUUAAUUGGUGGACGUAUCUAAACCUGAAUUAGUACGUCUAGAUUUGCGCAUAACGAUGGAGGAACGAACUCGCUUAGAUUCCAUGUUGCUGUGCUUCUGUUUAGCAAGAAAUGUAGAUCAUCAGAGACACUUUCGGCUGUAACGAAACAAUUCCUGGUCGAUGCUUCAUGAAAAUUUGGAGCCAUAUUUUGUUAUUUGGAAGAACUGACAUUUUUAGAUUUUAAAGACAAAAGGCUAAGUGCCUUGUAAAUCUUCAAUGGCUCAUGUAGUGUUCAAAUUUUAUUUUGAGAAAAGCUCUCUUAGAUUACAAGUUUUGCUGUAACAAUUAAAGAUAUUUAUUUAAAUUUAGAACGAUGAAAAUAUGCAGAAGAAAUAUCCCCUAUUGAAAAUAUCGACCAAAGAGCUGAGGAAAAACUGAAAUACCUAGGUGAGGUAAAGGAAGACGGGAAAAAAUGUCCUUUUUUGUUUUCACAAUAUUUUCAUACGCCAUAGAACAUUAAGAAUAACUCGAAGUUAUUGACAUAAUGACUGACUUGACUUUAAAAAUAAAUAACUUAAAGACAAACCUUUGUUAACUUUGUUUUUUCAAUUAGAUAGAAUCGCAGAUAUGAAAAUAAAUUUCGCCUAAUAAAAGAGCGUAUCUAGGCCGUCA